AUGGUGUCUAUCACCACAAACCCCCAGGAUCUAUGCGCAUCUCCCAGUGUAGAUGUUGUCUUUGUGAUCAACAGUGACGAAUACCAUGCCGACCACGCCAUUCUAGCGUUGGAGCACAACAAGUUCGUUUUCGUUGAGAAACCCCUCGCGCUGAAUAUUCGUGAUAUCGACCGGAUCAAAGCCGCUGAACGUGCUUCCCAGGGCAAGUUGAUGGUUGGAUAUAUGAGACGUCACGCAGCAGCGUUUGUGGACGGAGUGAAGGAGAUUGGGGGAAUGGGUGAAAUUCUAUUCGCUCGAGUGCGAGAUAUCAUUGGCCCCAACAACGCUUUUGUUUCUCAAUCCGGGACGUUUCCGAAAAGGUUCAUGGACAUUCCACCGGAGGUUGUCGAGGAAAAGAACGCCCGUGCUGCAGAGCUCACCAGACAAGGCUUGGUGUCAGAAUGUGGAGUUCCCAUGACUGAGGCCACCACAUCCAUGUGGCGUAUUCUUGGCGGCCUAGGGAGCCAUGAUUUAUCUGCCAUGCGCGAGGUAUUGGGUAUGCCCACCAAAGUCUUAGGAGCGAAUCUGGGCUUCCCAUUUUGGAAUGUAAUUUUCCAGUAUCCUGGAUUUGCAGUGAGCUACGAAUCUGGAAUAGACUCGAUUCCUCGUUUCGACGCUCAUAUCGAAAUCUAUAGUCAAACCAAAUCCGUCCGCAUACAAUUUGACACCCCUUAUGUGAAGGGCCUUCCGACUACGUUGCAUAUAUGUGAAAGAGAUCACGAUGGCUACCGCGAGACCACGUUUCGCAGAACUUACGAAGACCCCUACACCUUGCAGCUCAAAGAGUUAUACAAUUGGGUGCUGCGGGGAACUCCAGUGAAGACUACUGCAGCAGACGCAGAGCAAGACUGCAGGAUCUUUCAAAUGAUCCUGAACGCGGGAGCUUCUACUAGCUAA